AUGCCUUCCCCAGUAUCAGUAGCGGUCAUUGAUAACCUGGGCUUCAACCAAUCCAUUGCUGGGUUAAAUGAUUGUAAAUAUCAGUUUAGAAUAAAGAGAUUUGGUUCACCCAUCAGAGACAAAAGCACUGCCACAAGGGUUAUUACAGAAUACUUCCAAGUGCCUGAGAAAAUGGUGGGAGUAGUCAUUGGAAAAGGAGGCGAGCAGAUCUCAAGGAUUGAGUCUGAAUCAGGUUGUAAGAUUCAGUUUGCUAAGGGCAGUGGAUACAUGCCGGACAGGCCCUGUACUCUGACCGGAACUCCAGAGGGCAUUGGGCAGGCCAAGAGGCUGUUGCAUGAUAUUGUGCAACAAUGUAUUCAGUAUGAUGGUGGCUUCUAUUAUGAGAUGGAUGGCAAUGGUGCUGUCCAACAUAUUCUAAUCCCAGCCGACAAAGUUGGUAUGGUCAUUGGCAAGCGAGGAGUGACCAUCAAACAGCUCCAGCAAAUAAGUGGAGCUGAAAUGAUGAUGAUUCAGAAUGAAUCAGUGCCCACUGGAACUGACAAGCCCCUGAGAAUUGCCGGAGAUCCCUACAAAGUUCAGCAAGCCCGGGAGUUGGUGAUGAAAGUGAUGCAGCACCAGGAAAAUUUUGGGUGUGGAGGUUGCAGUCUGGAUGUUCCUGUGCCCAGAUUUGCUGUUGGUAUCAUCAUUGGCAAGAAGGGAAGAAUGAUCAGGAGGAUUCAGAAUGACGCUCGGGUUAAGAUCCAGUUUAAACAAGAUGAUGGGCUCAGUCCUGAACGAAUUGCCAUGGUGAUGGGCCAGCUUUACCGCUGCUACUAUGCGGGCUACAUCAUCACUCAGCUGGUUGAUACAGCACAGGAACGAGGUUUUUUUGGAGGUUUGCUUGCCCAACGAAGCCCCAUGAAUUAUAGCUUGCCCCUGGCAAAUGGACAGCACGAGAUAACCUAUGCAAUACCUGCAGCUAAGUGUGGCCUCGUAAUUGGAAGAGGUGGGGAGACCAUCAAGAACAUCAAACAGUUGUCUCGUGCCUAUGUAGGGCUACAGAGAGACCCACCGAUCAGCACCGACCCCAACCUGUGCAUCUUUGUCAUCCGAGGCACCCCUCAGCAGUUGGAGAAAGCCCGCCAGCUGAUCGAUAAGAAAGUUAAUGUAGGUGGUCUGAGACUGGCCCCUGGUUUUGCUCAGGCUUUUAUGACUGGUAUAUGUGAUGCAUCAUUUGACAUAUGGCGGCCGCUAGACCAGCAGAAUCCCGGCCUGCAGAACCAAGCCCCGCGCACUGGUCUGGAAUAUGGAAAUGCCUGGGGUCAGGCAGCAAGCCCGGGUUCCCAGCAGAGCCCCAAUCCUAGAUACAGCCCCUGGGCCAACUACUGCAGACAGUCACUGACAGUUUUCAGCCAGGUAUAG